UCAGCCCUGGAGGAACUCGGAUUGUCAUGGAACUUGGUGCAGCGGCCGAUGGAUGGAUGAUAGCAAUCUGGAGGAAGGGUGGUACAGAUUUAGCAGUUACGACAAUGUGACGAUUCCUGAGAGUGUGGUUCCACGCUAUCGCUGCUCUGGGUGGAGUCCAGGCUGGUUAAAUGGUUCCCAUCCCAGUGUGGAAGACGGGGAGGUGAACAGGACAGUCUGUUUCCACUGGGUUAAUCACGGCGGCAAUGAUGACACCUGCCCCAGGCAUCAGGAGAUCAAAAUCAAAAAGUGUAGUAGUUAUUUUGUGUAUUUUCUGAAGCCGAUAUCUUGGAGUUACAGUGUGUAUUGUGCAGACUCCGUACACAGUGACCCAUGUGUAAAUCACACCGUCCUGGAUCAGCCCUGGAGGAGCACGAAUUGUACCAACACUCAGUGCACAAAUGGCAAAAUGAAGUCUGAUAAAAACCUUGCUGAAGCAUGGUACAGAUUCAACAGUUCUGGUGGAUGGAAGAUUCCGGAGACUACUAUUCGAGCGAAUCACUGCUCCGGGAAGAAAUCAGGCUGGUUAAACGUCUCUCAGCCCUGGAUCUUCAUGGAGUCAGGUGACAGAGCUCCAGCUCCCUGUUUCCCGGUAUCGGGCCGUCGAUCGGUCGGCUGCUGUCCCCACUACAGACGAGACCUGGAGCAGUUUCAGCUGCUCUAA